AUGGCGCGGGCGCGGGCUCCCGGCUGCCGCUCCUGGCCCCUGUUGGCCCUGCUCCACGCGCUGCUCUGGCUGGAGCGGGCGGCGGGCCACCCGCAGUGCCUGGACUUCAAGCCGCCGUUCAAGCCGCCGCGGCCGCUCACCUUUUGCGUCCAGUACUCGGACUUCGGCUGCUGCGACGCCGAGCGCGACGCCGCCCUGCUGCAGCGCUACUACAGCGUCAGCGGGCACCUCGACCGGGCCGCCUACACCAGCUGCGCCAGCCACCUGCAGAACCUCCUGUGCCAGGAAUGCUCCCCCUACGCUGCUCACCUGUUUGAUGCUGAAGACCCUUCUACUCCAGAGAGAACGGUACCAGGACUGUGCCAAGACUACUGUGUACAAGUGUGGCAAAGCUGCAGGUCCAUGUUCCGUUAUCUCACUCCUGACGAAGAGUUACUGGCCCUAGAAAACAACAUGAUGAAGUUCUGCCGUUAUUUGUCCUUGGAUGAUACAGACUACUGUUUUCCUCACCUCCUAGUCAAUGAACAACUUUCUCAGAACCUUGGGGUGGUGACCGCUGAUUCAGAAGGAUGCCUGCAGUUGUGUUUAGCGGAGGUCGCCAAUGGGCUUAGGAAUCCAGUUGCCAUGGUCCAUGCAAAUGACGGGACUCAUAGAUUCUUCAUUGCCGAACAAGUUGGCUUAGUCUGGACCUACCUCCCAGAUCGUUCACGGCUUGAAAAAGCAUUUCUGAACAUCAGUGAAGCUGUACUUACCUCACCUUGGGAAGGAGAUGAGAGAGGUUUUCUAGGUAUUGUCUUCCAUCCUAAAUUCAAAUUUAAUGGUAAAGUGUAUGUCUACUAUUCAAUUGAAGUUCAAUAUGAAGAGAGAAUCCGAAUCAGUGAGUUCAGAAUUUCUCCUGAUGACAUGAAUUCUGUGGACCAUGGUUCUGAAAGAAUAAUUCUGGAGGUGGAAGAGCCAGCUUCCAAUCACAAUGGAGGAGAACUGUUGUUUGGAGAUGAUGGUUAUCUUUAUAUCUUCACUGGAGAUGGGGGAAUGGGUGGUGAUCCUUUUGGGUCAUUUGGAAAUGCUCAAAACAAGUCAACACUGCUAGGCAAAGUGCUCCGGAUCAACGUGGACAACAAUGACCAGGGGCCCCUUUAUCAAAUCCCUCCCGACAAUCCCUUUAUUAAUGAAUCCAAAGCCCGGCCCGAAGUCUAUGCUUACGGGGCGAGGAAUAUGUGGCGUUGUUCUUUCGAUAGGGGUGACCCCUACACAAAGGAAGGGAAAGGACGGCUUUUCUGUGGUGAUGUGGGACAGAAUAAAUUUGAAGAAAUCGACAUUGUGGAGAAAGGGAGAAAUUAUGGCUGGAGAGCAAGAGAAGGGUUCAGCUGUUACGACAAAAAGCUUUGCACCAAUUCCUCAUUAGAUGAUGUGCUUCCAAUCUAUGCUUAUCCACACAAAAUGGGGAAGUCAGUUACAGGAGGCUAUGUCUAUCGAGGUUGCGAGUCUCCAAAUUUGAACGGGCUGUACAUAUUUGGUGAUUUUAUGAGCGGGCGCCUCAUGUCCUUGAAAGAAAGUCGUGCAACUGGGGAAUGGCAGUACACUGAAAUUUGCAUGGGAAAGGGUCAAACGUGCGUGUUUCCGGGACUUAUCAAUAACUACUAUCAGUAUAUCAUCUCUUUUGCCGAAGAUGAGGCAGGGGAACUCUACUUCAUGUCAACUGGAAUACCAAGUGCUACGUCUCCUAACGGAGUAGUUUACAAAAUUGUUGACACGUCCCGGAGAGCGCCACCUGGGAAAUGCCGUGUUGAGCCUCUACCAGUAAAAGUCAAAAGCAGGCUUGUGAAGUUUUUUCCGAAGGAAAAGCUUAUAGUGAAAAUGCCAACACAGCGUCCUAAAGUAAGAGUCACAACCAGAGCCCCAACAAGGAGCAGAGCAACGGCAGAACCACCACGGGCCACAACUCCAGACUGGAUGGAGCAACUCCUGAUCCUUCUAAGAAAGGAGAAUCGAGUGCAGAUGACCACUGCAUCGCCACGGACCAAAGCUCCAAAGCCCCGGAAAGGAGGAAGGGCUGGUGGAAGACGGGGUCAGAGGAGGAGAAAUAGGCCUACCAGUCUUCCCCCACGGACACGGAAUGGUGCAGUUCGAAUAAUGAAUGGCGAUGUGAAAGGGAAAGACCGAGGCAGGGUUGAAAUUUUCAUCAACGGGAAGUGGGGCACUGUGUGUGAUGACUUGUGGACCUCAAAAGCAGCCGCCGUCGUUUGCGGCCAGUUGGGCUAUGCUUUUGUGAUCAGGGCAACCAAGAAAGCAGAGUUUGGGGAGGGGCGUUCACUUCCUAUCCUUCUUGACGAUGUUCAGUGCACGGGAUGGGAGAAGACCCUCCUGGAGUGCACACACGCAACCAUCGGGAAGCACAAUUGUUCCCACAAAGAGGACGCAGGAGUGAUAUGCAGCCAUGCAGAUGUUUUGGAGACGGAACAGUAGGAGGAGUGGGAGUAUGGAAUGGCACUAUGGCAUUGUUCUUUUUCCAUAAAAACACACCCAUUGUCUGACGUGAAUGGUCUAUCAAAUUAACUCAUCAUGAUUUAGGAAGCAUCAUAUGUGCAUACCAGAUGAGCUGAAGGAAUAUAUUGUAUGUAAAAUGACCACAUCUGUGGUCAGUGAUUGCUUGCCAUUUUACAAACAGAAGAAUACAUAACUAACCAGCCUCUCUCGUUUUUAAUUGGUUUCCAUUGUAAAUCAGAGAAUGAUCAUGUUAGAUACCUUGGAUUAAAAAUUAAACACUGGGCAGACAUCUCAUGCUGGUUUUAUGUUACUUUGUAAGUAUUUAUAUUCUGCGAUCAGUCCGUAUUUUACAAAGUAUAUCAGUAACAGGACCAUUCUGGAGGAUGCAAGAGAAAGGAAAUAUGCACAGAAGUUUACGAAUUAAGGAGAAAUCUUAGACAUGUCUGCUCAGAAGUAUACCCUCCUGCAUUCAGUGGAGUCACUCUGAGGUAAAUGGGUAUAGGAUUGCAGCCUCAUUGAUUAUUCCUUAAUAUAUUCUAGGUACAU